CCCGAAGUGGACAGGCCCUGGGCGAAACGUGCUGUUUGUUUACAUCUUGAAAGAUUUCCUUAACUGCAUUGCAAAAGCAAGAAUUUCUUCUUAAAUUUUGUCCUCAAAUGGUUAAAGGCGGAUAUAAAACGUAACCGUUACGUAUUCUCUACUAGUAAGUAUAUGAUCUAAUGGUCUUCUCUCCUUGAUCAGUUGAAAGCUAGUUGAAAGCAAACUGUCAAAAUGGAUUUGUAUCCAGACAGGCUGCAAGUCAUAGACUUGGCCAACAAAGCUUUCGGUGAAUCUGGGUGGAGUUUUGGUAUAUCAAAUGUUGCCUUGGACUUUAUUGAUGAGAAUCGCCCUGGAGUUUACUCUGCUGGUGCGUCAGCAGUUGUGCGAGUACAACGUGCCAAUGGAGUUUACCGGGAAGAAGUAGGAUAUGGGUGGGGCUCUGGUCCACACAAAGCAGAAGUUAUUGCUAGGUCAAAAAAGGAUGCUGUGACAGAUGGUUUAAAAGGGGCUGUUAUAAACUUUGGAGGGGACAUUUUAAAGAGAGUUAAUACCACUACUCCUAGGAAGCCAGUUAACUCAUUCCCGGAAACUUCUUGUCCUCAAGGGAAUGCUCUUUCAAAAACCCCUGUAUCAAGUCCUGCUAUGACAGCUGUAAAGCCUAGUGCCACCCUCAGAAACUUGAAUGAGGGGCAGGUGACUGGAAAUUUACCGUGUGCCCAAGUUAUGCCUUCCACCAUACCACCAGUAGCUUCAAAAGUCAGCCCAGUUCCGAAUAGAGUGAUUCCUGUUCCCCGUGUUUCACCUCCUCUGGCCGUGCCAUUGCCAAAAUCUACAUCUAAAAGUGAAGCAAAUCUAUCAGAAGAGGAACAGGCAAAACGAGAACGCAAAAGGCGUCAAAGAUUACUUCAGGAAGAGUUUAGAAAAAAACAUCUUUUGGAGCAAGCUAAAAGUCAAGAGAAGCAAGGAAAUGCGGAGGGUUCAGUGCCCUCUGAGCAGCCUCGUGUACCUUUGAAGGAACAAGUGUCAAAUCACUAUUCAAGGCAGCCUCAAUCUAGCAGUAGAAAUAAUCCAGCAAAGGGAAAUGCUGCAUCUUCCUCUGUACCUGAUGAUGAUAUUUUACUUUCAACACAAGACAUGGAAGCCAUGCUUCAGAUUGCUGAUGAGACCAAUAUGUCAAGACGCGCCCCCAUUUUAUCGUCACCAUCAAUAGCCAAUCCAUCAGCCUCUGAAGCAAAGCCAGUACCUGGAAAGAAGAGAACUGACUUAAGUAGUUUUGCUUUUAAUCCAGAAAAAAAACCAAGAGGAUCUUAGAGAUAAUUAUCUGGACUGUAGUAAUGAGAGGGUUUACUUAGUAAAUUUGUCAAUCAAAUUAGGUGAGUCAAGAUGUUUACAAUUUAAUUUUCAUAUGGCUCUCAGUUGUUAAAUGAAGGUAGACAAGAUGCAUUUGACAUCUAAUUUUCAAGCAUCUGUAUGCCUUGUUUUUUUUUUUUUAUGUUACCUGUAUUAGAAAUAUUCUGUUUAGUUUUGGAAAACUGUCAAGGUUAUAAUUUACUAAUUUGUAAUUAAAUGUGGUGUAUUGUUUGAUGAGAGGUUCCGAUUAAAAGCAAGAAAUCAU